AUGCCCAGCUUCUCCGAGAAGAAAAGACCUCCUCCACUCGCCCGCCGCACAUCCGAGUCGUCAUCUGGCUCUUCAAUAGAGACGCUCAAGGUCCCAAGAACACCACGUUUCGCCGAGGCUACGGCCGUACAUUCACCCGUCGACGAUAGUCGCUCUCCCUUCGCAGACCCCCCCGAGACCAAGUCAUACAUGGCUCAAUCACAGCCUUCAGAUAUAGGCUUCGGCUACCUAUCUCAGAAUGACGCAUCACGGCAUAGUCAAGGCGUGCCGGUCGAUGUGCCACUCACACCGGCAUCGCCAUUAAAAAGCGCCAUGAGAGUUCCAGGGACGCCAGGGCGGAAGAUCGAUAACCCUCUAAGUCCGACGUUUCGGGAAGAGCAGAUUCUUGAGAAGCAGGAAGUUUUGACGGAAAAGGAACAAGCAAAGGAUCUGAAAGUAAAAACAAGAGUCCGGGUGGCAAAGUUAAUUCUAAGAGGCGUCAACUUUAGCUGCAGUCUGAUUGUCCUCGCCCUGAUCGGGACGACUUUAUCGAUCUUGAAUGCAACCAGGCACUUGCCAGCACGGAAUAACCUCCCCCCUUGGGCUGAAGGCACGAAGAGGUGGCCUCAGAUUGUCGUUCUCGUCGUAGCCUGCGUCUCAUUAGCAUUAUGUCUCCUUGUGUUCUGGAAUUACUGGAGAGGCGGCCACCAGCGGGCGGAGAAGGUUGCUGUCUACUACACGCUCUUCGCCGUUGCAUUCUUCAUCUUCAGCGUGAUCAUGUGGGGCAUCGCCGCCGGUAUUCUACAAGGCAACAGAGACAAGGGUAAUAACAAGGACGUUUGGGGAUGGGCCUGUGUCGACAAUAAGCGGAGUCAGCUAUUCUCAGAUGAAAUCGACUAUGCACUGGUUUGCAGAGUACAGUCCUGGGCUCUCGUAUGCUGUAUCAUUGAAAUCGUGGUCGAGUGCAUCUCCAUCGUGCUCUACGGCGUCAUCUUCUACCGAUACUACUCCAAGCAAAAGCUCCGCAAGUCCAUGGACGUCCGUGACCGCGCCCGCUCCGAUGUCUACCUCGCCCAGCUACGCUCCCAAUCCGCGCCCAACACUCCAGGCUUUGGCCCACUUUCUCCUUCGUACUCCCAGCACAUGAAAUCCCCACGCUUCCCUCCAGCGGCGUACGGCAGUGCCUCUCUGGCGGAAGAAGGUCUAGCAGGAGCCCGCUUUGUCGAAACCUCACCUACGUCCACUCAAGAAAAGAAACCGUUUACCCUCCAAGCUCCUCCCAUUAGAAUCCACAACGCCACGCCAAAGACACCCCAAGAUGGCUUCGAGCCUCAACAACCACCAAAGCAACGAGUCCUCGAACACGUUGCCGCGGCGCCAGGCGAGCAGACAUACGCUGCCGUCCCAAUCCCAGGCUCAUAUGCCAGUCCAGCCCCAACAAAAACCACAUUCGGGGAUGUAGGACAAGCAAUGACGAGCGAUAGCCGGAUCGAAAGUCCGCCUGGGAGUCCACGGGGGUGGAAAUAG